AUGGACGUAUCAAAGCUACGCGUACCCACGGUGGUCCUCUGCGCGGCCAUGGCGGGGCUGAUGCUGUUGCUCGUAGCCACCGCUGAAACGGGGCCGUUCGAAGGCUGCAAGGGCGGGAUGGCGCUGGUCAACAAGUGCCAGGAUUACGUGAAGAAGGGAGCCGCCAAGGCAGAGCCGUCCAAGGAGUGCUGCGACGCCAUCAAGGGUGCCGACCUGCCCUGCCUCUGCAAGUACUUGACGCCCGACGUUGCCAGUCUCAUCGACCUUAAGUUGGUCUGCAACGUCGCUGAUCACUGCGGAGUGGCGAUGCCGGCCCCGGGUACCAAGUGCGGAAGUAAGUCGUUUGAACCGGGGAGAAAACUCUCCGGAUUAAUCUUUCUAUCUUUCUCCCUCUACACUGUCCAUUAA